GUAUUUGUAUAAAAUGUGGAAAAGGUGUGUAUGGAGCGAGCCAGGCUUGCCAAGCAAUGGGUAACCUCUAUCAUACCAACUGCUUCACGUGCUGCUCUUGUGGGAGAAGACUACGAGGAAAAGCGUUCUACAAUGUCAAUGGCAAGGUGUACUGUGAAGAAGACUUCCUAUAUUCAGGUUUUCAGCAAACAGCGGACAAGUGCUUUGUUUGUGGACACCUUAUAAUGGAAAUGAUUUUACAGGCCCUUGGAAAGUCCUACCAUCCUGGCUGCUUCCGCUGCGUGGUGUGUAACGAGUGUUUGGAUGGAGUCCCUUUCACUGUAGAUGUGGAGAACAAUAUUUACUGUGUCAAAGACUACCAUACGGUUUUUGCACCAAAAUGUGCUUCCUGUAACCAGCCAAUCCUACCAGCACAGGGCUCUGAGGAGACCAUUCGAGUGGUGUCAAUGGACAAGGACUACCACGUGGAGUGCUACCACUGCGAGGAUUGUGGCUUGCAGCUCAAUGAUGAGGAAGGCCAUCGCUGUUACCCAUUAGAGGGCCACUUGCUCUGCCAUGGCUGUCAUAUCAGGCGCCUUAAUAUUAAACUGCCGUCACAUCCACCUCCGAGCUAUCCAAUGCAUGUCACAGAACUCUGAAAGACAUUUUCAUUGUCAAUAAGCCGUUUGAAAGAGAAGACAAAAAUCUAAAAAUGACUUUCCUGUUCCUUUAAAGAUGAGAUUCCAGUAAUAACCAUCUAAACCAGCUAUUUAUUUUUUAAAUCAGAGGUGAGGGGUCCUUUUCUGAUCUUGUACAUAUGCAUUCUUUUAUCUAGACAUUUUCACUGAGACACCGUCUACUUGAACAAAUAA